UAUAUAACAUUGAAUCGUUUUUUUUUUUUUUUUUAUAAAACAUUAGGUGAUCACGUAAAUUGUUGGUUUAUUAUUUUAUAAAAAAUAAUAAUUAAUUAAUCAUGGCUAGCAUUGCUCCAGCUUGUAGAAAUGCUCUUAAGCAGGUAAGAUCAUUUCAUGUAUCUGCUGCACAAAAUGCUGAAGCAAGAUUAAAAACAUUUUCAAUUUAUCGUUGGAAUCCUGAUAAACCAGAUGACAAACCAACAAUGCAAGAAUAUAAAGUUGAUUUAAAUAAAUGUGGUCCAAUGGUACUUGAUGCAUUGAUUAAAAUUAAAAAUGAAAUUGAUCCAUCAUUAACAUUUAGACGUUCAUGUCGUGAAGGUAUCUGUGGUUCUUGUGCAAUGAAUAUUGGUGGUACAAAUACACUUGCUUGUAUUAGUAAAAUUGAUAAUAAUACAUCUAAAAAAAGUAAAAUAUAUCCAUUACCACAUAUGUAUAUUGUCAAAGAUCUUGUUCCUGAUAUGAGUAAUUUUUAUGCACAAUAUAAAAACAUUCAGCCAUGGUUACAACGUGAUGAUAAUAAGAAAGUUGGUACUCAGCAGUACUUGCAAAGUGUUGAAGAUCGUAAAAAAUUGGAUGGUCUCUAUGAGUGCAUUCUAUGUGCUUGCUGCAGUACAUCUUGUCCAUCAUACUGGUGGAAUGGUGACAAGUAUCUUGGACCAGCUGUUCUCAUGCAGGCUUAUAGAUGGAUCAUUGAUUCACGUGAUACCAAAACAGCUGAUCGUUUGGAUAAAUUACGUGAUCCAUUUUCAGUUUAUCGUUGUCAUACUAUUAUGAAUUGUACACGUACAUGUCCAAAAGGUCUAAAUCCAGGUAAAGCUAUUGCUGAAAUUAAAAAAUUACUUGGAAAUGUUAUUAAUAAAGGUGAACCAGGACUUGAUACAACAGCAUUACACAAGUAAAAUAAUUAAAAAUAUUUUAAAUUGAUAUUUCGAUAUAAAAAUAUUAAUAUUACAAGUUUUAAUCUGAUAGAUGAGUUUUAAAAUUAUUGAUAAAAUUACAAGUUAAAUUUAACUUAAAAUUUUGGAGAAAUAAUCGUGAUGUUUAAUAUGUUAUGAGGUAAUUGAAUAAAAUUUUGUAGACUAUAUUACAAAUAUUAUCUGACUAAUUUUUAUUUAUACUCAAAAAUUCAUUUCAUUUUUAUGUCAACAAGUUUAUUGUAUUGGUUUUCGUUUUUUAUUUAUUUAUUUUUUUAUUUAUGCAAUGGUUAAAGUGAUAUUUUAUUUGAUUCAUAUGCAAUUCAAAUAAAUAUUUUGCUUCAUUUAUACAAUCAUUAUACAAAACAUUGGUUCUUGCCUGAAUUUUAAUUUUUUCUUUUGUCUGAAAAAUAAUAUUAUUAGGUUAUUUUGUUAAUUAAUAUUUGUUAUUAUUUAUUAUCAUUUAUUACCUGUAUA